GUAAGGUUAUGUUAAGGGUUGGCUAAAAUGCAACACAAAUUAUUUUGGACAUAAUCUGUACCCCAUCUAGCCAAUGUGUACUGGGUGAUCCCAACUUCCUGUGCAAGAAGAUAAGUGAUUUCAGUGGCCUCACAUGAUUGUCUUGACAAGUCCUAGACCCGUAGUUGAACGGGGAACGGCCCAAUCAUGGUCCUGUGAUAGCUAACAAGUGGGCUAGCUAAUUAACUUUUUGUUUUAAUUGAAAGCCUGUGUGGUGAAGUCGCUCCGGUAACCAAACAGCCAACUUAGCCAAGUAAGACGCAGUUAGCUAUUCGUCAACCAAGCAUUUCUGCAGUAUAUUUGGUUACGGUUGGUGUCUAUUUCAUAAUGUCAAAUACAGAUUUUAGUUCUCAGAAUGGGGCAGGAGGACCGCCGUACGCAAAUGGUCCCUCUCAGAAUCCAGUAGCGCUGCAGCCACCGGGACCGGGUUACAUGGCCCACCAGACCCCAUACAACCCAAUGCAAGCCAAGGGCCCUAUGCCGCCCGGCCCUGGACUCUAUAACUCCGGUCCCUACCAGCCCAUCCCACCAGUCAGCUCUAACCAGGCCCUUCCAGGUCAGCCCAUGUUAAAAAGGCCUCCUAUGGGACCUCAACAUUCCAUGACCCCACCUCAGUCUGCCAGCCCUAACCCAGGCUCCAGGAUUCCCCCAGCGCAUGCCACCCCUCCACCUGUGUCUGCUAACAACUACCAGCACGCCCCAGCCUGGCAGUAUGGGGGGACUCCACCGAUGGGAGCUCCUCCAUCAAUGGGGGCACCGCCUCCUAUGGCCAUGCCUCCCCUUCGGCCUGUGGGUAAUCACAUGACCUCCUCGCCCAGCCUGGCAACCCCCCAGGCCUCCUCGGCAGAAUACCGCGCAACGCCUCCUGUCUUCCAUAAUGCCAUGCAACCCCUGGGUCCUCCCACCUCGCUCCAGGGAUACACCCAGCAAGGCUCUGCCCCUCUUCUGAUGAACCCCAUGGCGGCUCCUCACUCAUACCAGCCAGUUAUGAGAGCACCUUAUGGCGGCCCCCCACCCUCUGUGAGACCCACCCCACCCACUACUGGACCCCCCAUGGGCAAUGCCAGCCCUCCCCUUGGCCCCAAAACUGAUGCUCAGUGUGGGAGUGAUGCUAGUGAUGUUUCCCACAAUGAGUACGAGAACCAGGAGAAAGAUUUUGAGUGUCCAGGACACAUGCCCACACCUGGUAAUGGUGCUCAAGUUCCCAACAGCUUUGAUCACUUGGAGAUGGGCCCUAAAAUGGCUGGCCCACUCCCACCCCAGCAGCCAGGCCCCCCUACUCGACACAUGGGUCUAUCCUACCCCUCUUUACCCCCGGGGUACCAGAACACCUCGGCACCCCCUAAUGCCGCCACCAUGCAACAUCCCGUGCAGCCCUCGACGCAGCCUUACAGCCAUCCUCCGCCAUACCAGCAGCUCUCUGCAGGUCCAGCCCAACUGAGCCCCUCCUUGUCUGGUUUGAGUCUGCAGUCUCAGACCCCAGAGGCCCUGAGGGUGGUCAACCUGCUGCAGGAGAGGAACCUGCUCCCUCUGGGCCCAGUCACCCCUCCUACGCCCUGCCUGCCCCAGGACCUGCAGAAAAUCAACUGCCACCCAGAGGUCUUCCGCAGUACCCUGACCAGCAUCCCCCAGACCCAGUCACUGUUAAACAAAGCCAAGCUCCCACUCGGCUUGCUCCUCCACCCCUUCAAAGAUCUCUCGCAACUGCCUGUGGUCACCUCCAGCACUAUAGUGAGGUGUCGCUCCUGCAGGACGUACAUCAACCCCUUUGUGACCUUCCUGGACCAGAGGAGAUGGAAGUGUAACCUGUGUUACCGGGUCAACGACGUUCCAGAGGAGUUCAUGUACAACCCAGUCAGCAGAUCGUAUGGUGAGCCACACAAAAGACCUGAGGUCCAGAAUGCUACCCUCGAGUUCAUUGCACCAUCAGAAUACAUGCUGAGACCCCCCCAGCCUGCUGUUUACCUCAUCGUGCUGGACGUAUCCCACAAUGCCGUGGAAACAGGAUACCUAGAUGUCGUCUGUCAGUCACUGCUAGAGAACAUCAAUGCGCUCCCUGGGGACUCGAGGACAAAGAUUGGCUUCAUCACAUUUGACAGCACCAUCCACUUCUACAACCUCCAGGAGGGCCUGUCCCAACCACAGAUGCUCAUAGUCUCCGACAUCGAAGAUAUAUUUUUACCGACACCAGACAGCCUUUUAGUGAACCUCAAUGAAUGCAAGGAGCUGGUGCAGGAUUUGCUGAGGAGCUUGCCCCAGAUGUUUGGCAAGACCAUGGAGACCCAGUGUGCUCUGGGCCCGGCCCUGCAGGCAGCGUUCAAGCUGCUAUCGGCCACCGGAGGGCGUGUGUCCGUCUUCCAGACCCAGCUGCCCAGUCUGGGUGUGGGGGCCCUCAAGUCCAGAGAGGACCCCAACCAGAGGGCUUCUGCCAAGGAUAUCCAGCACCUUUCUCCUGCCACAGACUUCUAUAAGAAGCUGGCCCUGGACUGUUCAGGACAGCAGGUGGCUGUGGAUCUGUUCCUACUGAGCUCCCAGUACUGUGACCUGGCCUCUUUAGGUUGCAUAUCCAGGUACUCAGCGGGAAGUGUGUACUACUACCCCUCCUACCACCAGCAGCACAAUCCAGCCGGGGUAGAGUGCUUCCAGAAGGAUCUCAAGAGGUACCUCACCCGCAAGAUCGGCUUCGAGGCUGUUAUGAGGAUACGCUGCUCUAAAGGCUUGUCCAUCCACACGUUCCAUGGGAACUUCUUUGUUCGCUCCACGGACCUGCUGUCUCUGCCCAACGUGAACCCAGAUGCAGGCUUCGCUGUGCAGAUGUCCAUUGAAGAGAACCUGGUGGACAUGCAGUCUGUCUCCUUCCAGGCUGCUUUGCUCUACACGUCCAGCAAAGGAGAGCGGCGAAUCCGAGUCCACACCAUGUGUUUGCCUGUUGUCAACUCCCUAUCCGACAUCUUCGCUGGGGCUGAUGUCCAGGCCAUCACUUGCCUGCUGGCUAGCAUGGCUGUGGAUCGCUCUGUGACUGCCAGUUUGAGUGACGCCAGGGACGCGAUGACCAACGCAUCCAUCGACUCUCUGACGUCCUUCCGCACCUCUGUACUCACCAUCCAGCAGCCUGGCCUCCUGGCCCCCGCCUGCCUCAGACUGUUCCCCCUCUACAUCCUUGCCCUGCUCAAACAGAAAGCCUUCCGAACGGGUACAAGCACCAGGCUGGACGACCGUGUGUUUGCCAUGUGUCAGCUGAAGUACCAGCCCCUGGCCUACGUCAUGCUGAUGAUCCACCCAGCGCUGUACCGUGUGGACGAUCUGACUGAUGAGGGAGCCCUGAAUGUCAGUGAGCGCACCAUCCCCCAGCCCAGAGUCCAGCAGUUGUCUGUGGAGAAGCUGAGCAGAGAUGGGGCCUUCCUCAUGGAUGCUGGCUCGGUGAUCUAUCUCUGGAUUGGAAGAAACUGCAACCCCAACUUCCUCACGCAAGUCCUGGGGCUCCCAAACUACGCUGCUGUGCCCCUUAACAUGAACAUGCUCCCAGAGUUGGACACUGCAGAGUCCCAGAGAACCAGAGCAUUUGUUGGCUGGCUGAGGGAACAGAGGCCCUUCUUCCCCAUCCUGCAUGUCAUCAGGGAUGAGAGUCCACUGAAAGCCAGCUUCUUGCAGAACAUGAUAGAGGACCGGACAGAGUCGGCCUUGUCUUACUAUGAGUUUUUACUCCACAUCCAACAGCAAGUCUCCAAGUAAACCCAGCGUAUUGAGUCAGUCAGUCCUGGGAACAUCAGUGUGGGAACCUGUCAGGGACUGCUUGCUGCCUCUCACAGGAUCUUCGGUUGUGGCUCACCAUUUUUGUGUGUAUCAUUGCCUUUCCUGAAGAUUUCCCCCAGCUGUAGACUUUCAAACGAAUCAAACUUUGUGGUAAACAGGACAAGGGCAGAGGUGACUAAGCGAGGUCUGCUUUCGCUGCUGGUUUGACUAUUUUCAAGCUGGAACAACUUGUCGAAACCAGGGAACUCAUGAUACGGUAUGUACGUCAAUGAUUGAGGACAUCAGUGUUUAUUCUCAAAGAACAAGGAUUUCUUAGAUCUUUUCAUAUACAGUUCUGGCUAUGGAUGUCAAGUCUUUUGAUCAAAAGCAUAGUUGUAUUUGCUAAUAAAAUAAUAGUAGUAUCAUGCUAAAGGCGAUGUUGGAGUAUCGCCUGCCCUUAAGGACUUAUUAUUGGAUGUCACCUUGAUUGAGCGUAAGAAUGUCUCAGCUACAAUAAUAAUCUACUGAUUUUAGUUGUGAAGGACAGAUGUGUGCUUUAUUUUGGUUAUUGUGUCAAACAAAUCUAGGAUUAAUGCAAAGGCAGAAAUGUAGACGUUUGAAGGCGAACUAACCUUGUUAUAAUUUGCUGCCUUUUGAAUGUUGACGACAAUGCAAUCAUCUCUUGGGUCUGGUCUGUCUUUCUCUCAACCUUUAUUUCCUGUCUAUCUUCUCUCACUUGUCAUGGACAUUCGACACAUCUGAAGACGUUGCUUUGUUAAAUAUGAGAAUCCCGAUCUGAUUAAAUCCUCUAAUUGCCUUCUAUGGGACAUUUUUAUUAUUAAACCUCUGUUUAAAUACAAACGCUAUAUAUGAAAUAUUUUAAUAUAAUAGGAUAUGGGACAUUCUUGAAUACAGACAUAAAGCCAUUGUGAUCUUUUAAUCAUGCUUAUUGAUACUUGUGUAUUGAAAAGACUCUACAUUACGGUAAAUAAUUGUUGAUUUUAGUAUGAACAUAUUAAGGUGACAUGACGCUAAUAAAAUGUUCGGAACUUUUUAAACUUAA